AUGCAGCAGCAGGUUUCUGGAGAGGGGGCCCCCGGGGGGGCCCCCGAGGUGGCCCCCGCAUUCCCGCAGGAAGCCCAGGCAGCAGACGCAAGAGGGGGUUCAGAAGACUCUCCAGAGCAGCAGCAGCAGCAGCAGCAGCAGCAGCAGGAGUUUCCUGAGGGGCCUCUGCCCACGGUGGUGCCUCCCCACCACGUCUCUGCGGAAGACAGGUCUCACGACAGCACGGGGUUUUCUCCUGCUGCUGCAACAGAAUCUCCAGCAGCAGAAGCAGCAGCAGCCAAAAAUAAAGCAGCAGCAACACAGGCUGCCCCCGCCACAGGCUUCAAGGGGGCCCUCAGGCACUUCGGGGCCCACUACAAAGCAGGAGCAGAAGAGCAGCAGGAGGGGCCCCCAGAUGCAGCAGCAGCAGCAGCAAGCGACAACCCUUUCGGGGUGACUCCUGAGCAGCUCGUAG